AUCCUCAUUUCCCCCAGCAAAAUUAGCCGACAUUUAGGCUCUUGUUUAUGUGUAUUUCACACAAUGUUGAGGUACAAAUCGGAGUGAGGCUUGUAUGGAUGCCAAGUCAACCCGGAUGUCGUUAACAAUCAACUGCAUUACAGUUAAAAACAGUAUUGACUAGCACCACCGAUUUCUGUAUGCCAGUUUAUACGAACGGAAGUUAGCCUUUAUCAGUCACUUCUUCUAAACCUGAAAAUGGACCACUUGUAUAUGUUAUACAGCCAAAAACAGUACAUCCAAAUCGGACUUUAGUAACCACAUUGUGGGACUUUGACAAUAAAGGGAAGAAAGAAGUGGCACCGCUGCUCGACCAGUUUCUCUGUCAUGUUGCGAAGACUGGAGAAACCAUUGUUCAGUGGUCUCAGUUUAAAAGCUAUUUCCUCUUCAAACUGGAGAAGGUGAUGGACGACUUCAAAGCCUCAGCACCCGAUCAAAGGGGGGUAGCCAAUCCCAAUGUGGACUCCAUUCCAUUUGAGGACAUGAAGGAGAGGAUACUGAAGAUUGUGAAUGGAUACAAUGGAAUUCCGUUUACGAUUCAGCGUUUGUGUGAGCUGCUUACAGAACCCAAGAGGAAUUACACAGGAACAGAGAAAUUUCUCAGAGGUGUUGAGAAGAAUGUGAUGGUGGUCAGCUGUGUGCAUCCUACUUCAGAGAAAAACGGAUGCAGUGGUGUGAAUAGAAUGAAUGGUGUUAUGUUGCCUGGGAACGCAUCUGCUUUUACGGAGAGGAAGGUGAAUGGCCCAGGGACCCCCAGGCCGCUGAACAGACCAAAGCUCUCUCUAGCGACAAACGGCCUACCGGACAGUACAGAAAACAAAGACCCUACCACAGAGCAGGGACAUGACAAACCCUCCAGUGAGGUGUCGGCAUCAGGUACCCAGGGGAGCUCUGUGAAGAACAAGCACCAUGACGACGAGGAAGAAGAGGAUAUGGAGGCGGAGCAACAUGAGGUGAAGAGGCUCAAGUUCAGCAAAGAGGAUGAGCAGGAAGGGGACACCCUCAGACACGGCCACAAUGACAGUUUGUCGGAAGAGGCAGAAUCCAUGGUCCAGGAGGACGAGAAGAGAAGUGAAGCUCCCAGUACUGCUGGGACUUGUGAAGACCAAGAGCCAUCGAGCACACAGUUGGAGCCAUCAGCAGGGCCCGGGGAGGACGAGCAGGCAGAGAGGGAGGUUCCUUGUGGCUCCCAAGAGGAAUGUAAUGACAUGGACCAGUCAGAACAGCAGGCCCCUGCUGGCGUCCUGGAGAGCCCUGAGGCCCGGGACAGUGAUGAGGGCAGUGACCCAGUCAGCAGCAGCAGUAGUGUCAGCAGCAGUAGCAGUGAGGAGAGUGGAGCCAGGGAAGAGAGAGCCUCUGCUCCCUCCAGCAGUACUCCUGAGCCACCUGCAGAGGGCGCCAUGGAGAGCGGUAGCCUGGACACUGGGACCAGUGAGGAGCCCAUGGAGCAGGACUAGGACCUGAGCAUCCAUCUGUUGACUAUUUAGAACAUCUGUCCUCAAGUCCAGCUUGAGUGUCACCGGUGAAGGGGAUGCGCAAUCCUGGUCCCCUAGAUACUUUACGCCUUGUCUAAAUUUUGGGCACUCCUCAAAAUGACCACCUGAUGUGGGCAUAAACAUUUUUAUUUUGAAUCAAAUAUAAACUGGAUUUUUUUCCUACGCUAUUUAGAGUUUUCAUUUUAAGGCUUGUGGUCUCUAGAGGUCUUUGUUUCAGCCUUGAUCAGUCUUUGGGGUUGCAGAUGAUGUUUGUUGUAGCUGUGCUGAUAGGUUGGGGUGUUCAUCUGGCAUUUUUCCCUCAUCAGUUUAAGCAUUUGUCAGGAAAAGUAAACCAGGCAGUUUUUCCCCCCUGUAGCCAGUUUCUCUCUGUGGAUUAUCACCUCUGCCACACCAGAGUCGAGACAAAGCUAUCGCCGCUAAUUAACUUCCUCAUUAUUUAUGCUGUCAGUUACUCACUCCGGCGAU